CGGCUGCGGCAAUUGUUGUGUCAUGUUCUCCUUUCCAUGUUUUGACCAGGGUGUGUUAGGGGAGGUGGUUGUGAUGGUAGGCAAAGGGAGAGAUGGACCUUUUCCACGUGGCAGCAGCAGACGGCGAUGCCAGGACUUUGGUGGGAGCAGGCUUUGCCAGAGGCUUGAGAGAUGACGAGCUGGAAGAAGGCGAAGCUGUUGUGGACAGCGAUCCUCGUGCUGGUGCUGGAGGCGACGAUGGCGGCUAUGGCGUCGUCGAAGCGACCUUGGAAGAGCGUAUCUCAAGGUCAUGCCUCGGAGGCAUUCAGAAAGAGUUUGAAGGAGGGAUCCAGUUGAUGCAUGGUGGUGUUAUGGCAGGAGCGAGAUCUGGGGGCUAUGGGACGUUCCUCCCAGUGCGGGCAGAUGGUCCUCCCUCUUCACGUCUUGCAUUGAAUGCAGGAGAUGGCUUGCUGUCUUCGAAACCAGGUCUCCUUGGUUGUCCUGGCGGUUCAUCUGUUGCUCCCACAGCCAACUCUCGUGUUCCAGAUGUUUCCCAGCCUCGGGGUCAGAAGAGGCCUGCCAAUGCUGGAGCUGUAGAGGUGUUACCUGUCGCCAAGCGCUUGCUGCCUGUUCGGGAUGAGCCGAAGGGCGUGAGGAACGAGCCAAGGGGUGCCAAUGAUGCGAACAAGGGCCUCGGACUGGUUGGAAAGGAUGGUGGGAAACCAGUGGGAACUGCUGGGAACACCCGAACUGUGGGUGGUGCAUCUCAAGGCAUUGCAAGAGUGGCUGCUGCGAAUUCGUGUGUCACGAGCGUCGGCCCCGAGAGCUCCACUGCUCCUCAUGGUAGCAACCCCGGCGGUGGAGGGAAAUCAGUCUCAGGAUCAGGGCCUCGAUUUGAAAAUGGCAAUGGAGUUGCAGCGGCCCCUAUUCGAAUCAAGCUGCCGGGACUUCUAUCAAAGCAGGCACCCAAUCGUCGAUCGCCGCCUAUCAACAGGGCGGCACCCAGCUCUCCACCACCAGAAGAGAAUGGGUAUCUCCCAUGCGAACAGGGUCCUUCAGAUGCAGGCACUUGGAGUCCAGAGAUGAGCCCUAGUCCAAGAACAAUCGUGAGGAUAAUGACAACUGUCGCCAUGCCACCAGGAGGUCUCCUAUCACCUCUUCCUGACACGUUUCCAGCAAGCAUACCGCGUACUUUGCCGGGCAGGAAGUCUUUCUUAGGACCGAGCUCGGGACACAUCACGGCAGCUGCAGGGAGCAGCAGUGCAGGGCCUUGCGUGAGUAGCAAGAGUGGUGGUGGAGGUGUUGUAGGGAGCGGAGUCAAUAGUGGGACGGCUAAAGUUGGACCAGGCCAAUCGUCGGAAUUUGAGGCUACAGUGGCUGGAGGUGGUGAGUGUUGCACUCUAGUUGUGAGCAGUAAGCGUAAAGCAGAUAGCGAUCGCAAAGAUGGCCUGGCUAAGGAAAGGCUUUCUGGCAGGAGAGACAGUGAUGCACGUAUGCUGAGUGAAGGCGUAGCUGCGUUGAAGGGGGGGAAGGAGCGGGAGCGGGAGAGGGAGAGGGAAAGGGUGAAUGAUGAACAGGAGCAAAGUGGGAAGUCUGGGAAGAAGGUGAAAUUGAAAGUGAAGGAGGUCAAAGACAAAGGUAAGCAUAAUCAGAAAUACAGAGAAAAGAUGAGUGUGGAUGUGGAGAGGGGAGAAGUGCCGAAGGAGCUGGUAGAGGGGGUGAAGGGAAGACCUGUGUGCAAUGAGGCUUCAGUGGAUGAGAGGGUUGAUGACAGGGAUGGAAACCAGAACGAGACAGUGGGGGAUGGGCUGAAAAGAAUUCUAACGGAUAUUGUGCAGCGACUUGUCAAUGAGAUGGGAGUCAAUCAAGAGAGUGGGGUUGAACGGGCACAGGAGAUUGCACUGCAGCUGGCGAAGGAGUACGAUCGGGCAGGUGGCAUACCACAACGUGAAGAGAAGGGGGUAAAGGAACAGGGGGGUGAAAAGAGCACAGGGAAAGGAGUGGAGAAAAGUGGAGGGAGGGAGGCAAGCACAAAACAGAGUGUGAAAGAGGGGGAGAGGCAUGGAAAGGAGGGAUCAGUAAUAGAAAAGCCAUUGAAGUUGGGUGUCAAGGGGAUGGCAAAGCAGGACGGUAAAGAGAAACAAGGAUUGUGGAGGGAUGCAAAAGAGAGGGAGAGGGAACGAGAAAGAGAUUGGGAAAGGGAACAGGAAAGGGAAAGGGAAAGGGAAAGAGAUCAUGCAGCACGGCUUAGAGAACAAGAGCUGGAGAGGGAGGCACGACAAAGAGAGGAAAGAGAGAGGGAAGAGAAGGAGAGAGAGAGGGAAGAGAAGGAGAGAGAGAGGGAAGAGAAGGAGAGACAUGAGAGGGAGAGGCAGGCGGAGAGGGAGAGGCAGCAGAUGGAGAGGCAACGGGAGAGGGAGAGGCAAGAGAGGGAGAGGCAAGAGAGGGAGCGGCAAGAGAGGGAGCGGCAAGAGAGGGAGCGGCAAGAGAGGGAGCGGCAAGAGAGGGAGCGGCAAGAGAAGGAGCGGCAAGAGAAGGAGCGGCAAGAGAAGGAGCGGCAAGAGGAGCGGCGAGAGAAGGAGAGGAAAGAAAAAGAGAUUGAGAUAGAAAGAGAGAGGGAGAGGAGGGAAAGGGAGGAGAGGGAACGUGAGAGGGAGGAAAGAGAACGGGAGAGAGAGAAAGAACGGGAGAGGGAGAGGAUAAGGGAGAAACAGAGAGAGAAGGAGAGAGAAAAGGAAAGGGAGAGAGAGAGGGAGAAAGAACGGGCGAGAGAGAAAGAGAAGGAGAGGGAAAGGGAGAAACUGAAGGAAAGAGAGAGGGAACGAGAGCGGGAGAAGGAGGUAAGAGAGAAGCAGAUGCCUGUGAAAGAAAAGGGACCUAAGGAGAAGCAUUUGGGAUCUCUUCGAGAUGGCAAAGGCAAGACCUUUCCAAAGGAAAAGCAUAAGGUUGCAGGAGUCAAGGCGAAACCUGUGGCAGGCAUUAGAGAAUUGGAAUCUGCUUCCAAAGCUGCACAAAGCAGCGCCAAGACGACAUUUCAACAAACUAAUGUCACAGCUGAUGUGCACAUGACCACCGCUGCAACUGCAUUGACUGUUAGAUCUUCCACGGGUGGGAUGGCUUUUGACGGAACAGAGGUUCAACCUCCACCGCCUCAGGAUAACUGGGUGGAAUGCGAGUUGUGCAGCAAGUGGAGGCUACUCCCUCCAGACUUUGACAUGUCAUCACUCCCUGAAAAAUGGGACUGCUCCAUGUAUUCCUUCAGGCCGAAUCUUGCGAAUUGUGAUGUACCUGAAGCGGAAACAACGCAAGCGGUGUAUCAAUUUUUAGCGAUCCAGCAAGCACUAGCUAUCCAAGAGCAGCAAGGCCCAUUACUGGGUGCGCCUCUCGAUUCGUCAGCUUUAUUUCCUACUGCACAAUACCUACCGAGAGAGGUGCCGCCCAUCCCAGCAUCUGCUGCAGUUCUUGGGGGCAAAUUGAAGCCAGGGAAGUCUGUGAAAGGGGGGUUAGGGGUUGCCAAAGGAGGCAAGUCUACGACCAAAGUUAUCAAGAAAGGAGCAGGGGGGAAAGGUGUGGUCAGUGUUGCAGGGCCGUCGGGGAAAACUGUAGAAGGGAAAUCAGGAGGGGGAGGGGGAGGGUCGUUAGUUGGCAGGCAGUCAAUAUCUGGCACAACGUCAGACGCGCGGAGAAAGCAUAAUGCUAGCAUCUCGGGAAACGGGGAGGGCGUGCUUCAUAGGGAGAACGAGGAGCCAAUGAGGAGGUACCAGGAUGACAAGAAUAAGACCAAGCUAAAGUUGAAGGAGCAGAUGAAGGACCAGGCACAAGGAAAACGGACACGUGUGGAUGACGGUAGCUCCCAAGAUGGCGAUGGAACAGGAGCACCGAGCGCCAAACGAGAUAAGAGAGGUGUUGAUGGUGGGGUGCUGGAGGAGGAAGGUGAAAAUCGGUGCCGCUCAGAGGAACUGGACUCGCAACCACUUGUUGACAGACGGGACAAGACGGAAGCCAGCGAGGGAAGGGUGACGUCGCCAUCUCGGUCACAGUCAAUUUCAUCCCUACCAUUUAAAUUGUUCUCUACUUCAGACAAGAGGACAGCGGAGGAGGGAAGCAGUGGAGCGCCAGGGAAUAGCUGUGGUGAUAGAAAGAGUGGUGUUGUUAAGGGUUCUGGUUGUCGAGAUGGACAGCCAGUUCUUGGGCAAGGAAAAGUGUCGGCAAUGCAGUCAAUGGCAGAAGGAAAGAGCUCCUUUGAAGGUGGCACAUUAUCAGAAGACGAUGAGAACGAGUACCAUGGAAGUAGAGUGGUCGGGAAUGGCUUUCGGAAGCGAACAAUUGGUGUGAACGGAGUAUGUGUCACGGGCUCCGUUGGCAACGGUGGUCGUCAGGGUGAUAAUGGCCUUGGGGAUGCGUACGAUGGUCGUUGUGGCAACGAGGAAGCGAAACUGGUGCAGAAGGACGAGGAGGACGAUGGGGACAGUCUUGAUGGAAGGUCUGCAGUGAAUCCCAGGGAUCGGAAGUGUGCCAAUUCCGGCGAGUCCCUGGGAAGAUGUGGUAUGGAAACAAAUGGAAUUGAGUCUUCCAUGCGGGUAGUGAAUGGAAGGCAAAAGCGAGUUGAGCACAGGUCGGAGCAGCUGAUGGGAGAUGCCAAAGCGCUUGGCAUUGGCAAUAGAAAUGCAGAUAGUCUACGGGAUAAGAUUAUGAUGGGCGUGUUUGGAGAUGACGGACUGGAAGACGGAAUGUCGUCGUCAUCAGGACGGACACAUGAGAACGAGCUUGACGAUGACAUGGAGGUACAGAAGCCAUGGAAAGAUCCUGCCAGAUGCAGUAAGGAGAAGGAUGAACAGGUGGGCAGAGUGAAGGACAGUAACUCAGAACCAUGGAAAAGGCGGAUUGGGAACUUGGGUGGUCCCAAGAUGAAGAAGAAGCUUCUUCCAGACUUGCCGAACGAAAAGGAGAACAAAGUAUUGCCGAACAAAUUUCUUGGUAGGCCUGCGGCGGGCACAGCUGACGGAUCUAGAAAAUCUAGGGUUCUGAAUGCAGGAGACAUUUCUACUGCUGAGCAUGUGGCCGAAAGUAGGGAGUUGGGAGAGGGAGAUGUGGAAGAAAUGGAAAACAGAAAGCUUGAUGAAAAGCAGGCGAAACAUAGGCAGGGUGGACAGCUGGGUGAUUCUGAUGUGAAGUUUCUUCAGGGAAAGGGAGGAGGCAACGGCCAAAUGGUCGAUGGUGGAAAAGACCGUGGAGAAGUUGGGAAAAGUGGCGGUGCUAAUGGGGAGGUCAGGAUGCCAUCUUUGGCAAGGUCUGUUUCAAUGGAAUCAGCAUCUUCUGACACAUUGUGUGAAGUGCCUCAAAGCCCUGUGAAAGAUGUGUCUCCACUGGAGUCAACUAUCUCAUCUUCGCCAUCACGAUCUCGGAAAGAAAAUGCAGUCGUUAAAGGGUCAUCUAUGUCUUCUGUGGCAGUGGAGCCGGAGGGGCAACAUGCGGUCUUUCAUGGAAUGGACGUGGAAAGGCCCAAGAGUGAGAGGGAAGAGGAGUUGCAAGGGGGCACGGGAUCUGGGAGGGCAACAAGGAAUGCGUCACACCAUAUUGAAAUGGCAGGCUCGACAGAAGGGGUCACAAGGCCUGUGUCUGUUUCUUCACGGGACGGGGCAGCCGGUGACGAGAAGAGCGAGCGAUCUGGGGUAACCAAGCAGCCUGGCACAUUUACUUCACGGAGUGGGGAACAGACUGGUGUGUCAGUGAGGGAGGUGGAUCAUGAAAACAAGGAUCGAGAAGAAAAUGGGGCACGGUCUGGCGGACGGCAUGGGUCUGCUUGUGAGUGGGUCGGAGGUCGUGCUGCUGGAGCAAGUAGGGAGGAGGGGUAUGGCAGAGGAAGUGUUGGAAGGGAAGAUGAGAAAUACCGAGAUGAGAGGCAUGGAUAUCGGCAUGGGGAUUGGCAUGAAGCAUGGCAUGGGGCGAGGAUGGAAAGAGACAGGGAGCGGUACAUGCGAAGAGGCGGGAGGGAGGAUAGAUAUGGUAGGGACAGCAGAGGCAGGGAACGGGAGAGGGACAGGGAGAGGAGUAGAGAUAGAGAUCGAGAUUGGGACAGGGACAGGGAUAGGGAGCGGGGCAAAGGUAAAGAAAGAAGCAGGGAAAGGGUGGGGAGGGGUAGGGAGAGGGAACGAGACUGGGGCAAGGAGAAGGUGCGGGAUAACAAAGGGUGCGAAACUAAAGCCUAUGAUAGGGAUGGACAAGGAGGUUUGUCUUUGAGGGAGAGGGGUUCUCGUGAGGAGCCACCUCGAGCUGAAGGUGUGCCAGAUGUGGGGCGGAUUGGGGACUGCCAAGGAAGCAUGCAAGAUGGAGGAUGGAAUGUCAGUGAGGGCGUGGAGGAUGGAAAGCAAGGGCCUCUGGGUACAGACAGGGGUGGUCCAUUGGCAGAUUCGACGGUCGAAGGACCUGCAAUUCUUGCUACUGGGUCCAGUUUGCCGGAUGAUGGGCGGACAGCAGCGGGUGAUUCAAGUGGACAGCCAGGGCUUGUUGGGGAAGUUGUGCGUCCAAUUCCAUGUGGCACACCUGAGAAGACUGAUUUACAAAUUGGUACUUCGACAAAUCUGCGAGGAGGAGGGUGGGAGAAGCCAGGCUUUGCCUCGUCAAAUUUGAGAAGGGGUUUUGCUAAAAACUCUGGAGAGAUUAUGGCAUACGUGUCCCCAUCCAAGGAUGCGGGAUGGGAGAGGCAGGGGGAACAGCCAUCUCUGCUGGCACCGCAGAGGUCUGCAGAUGAUGUGCCUGAACGUGGGCAUCUCCAGGAUGAACGGUUUGAUGAUGCGGGCGAAGGGGUAGUCUCUGCCACGAAUUCCACUGUCACAAGAAGUCCUUGCUAUCCGCCAGGAAUGACACCACCGCCAAGAAGUCGUAAGGGGUACGUAACCCCACAGAUGUCUUGUUCUACUACGAGAUUUCUGCCUCCAGGUGUGGACCAAGGUCCACUGCCACUUCCGGGUGAUGCAACGGAGUCGGAGACAUGCCUGCCUCUACCUCCACCAUACACUCCACCAUUUCCACCUCCUCCACCACCUCCUCCCCCUCCAUCACUGCCUCCCUCUUCUCUUCCUGCAGAUGUAGAUACCCGUACCCUUACUCCGCGUUUGGCAGAUCAUCUUCUGCCUAAUCCUUCUCUUCCGUUCCCGCCUCCCCCCCCACUGUUUCCUAACCCCACUGCAGUUGGCAGUGAUUGUAGAGGAGCUUCCUUGUUCAGAUGCAAUGGUGAUGAAACUGUGCGCAGCAGUCCUUUGGGUGUGCCAACAGGGUCAGGAGGAGUUGAUUCACAUGCUCUGCCAGCGUUGUUGCCUCAUUAUCAGUCUCUGACUCAUCAUCCUCCAUAUGGGUCAUAUGGUACCCAGCCUCAUCCACGAUACCGAAUGGAGAUGGGCAAGGGUCUGCAUCGUCAGCAGUCUGUUCUGCCACUUCAGAGCCAGCAGCAACAAUUCACCUCAUUUCCACAAGGCCAACAGCAGCAGCAGCAGCAUCGUCAUCCUCAGCAGCAACAGCAGUCCAAUAAUUACCCCCAGCAGCAGCCGGCCUCUGGACAGCAAGCAGGCCGGGUAUCCUCACCCAGUGACACUCCACAGCACGUGGGAGAUGGGCCUGGGCUACUGACAGUCAAGGACUCUAGUUCGACUGUGGCAAAGGAUAGAGACCAAGCAGGAAGUGUGGCUUCCAGCUUGGUGCCUGAUCGAGAACCAGGGAGAAAACCGCCUGCCAAUUCUGGUGCGAUUUUAGGGCCAGGGCCUCAUUGCAUGCCGAGUAACGUUCCUGCCGAUUUCAAAGCCAGAAUGAAGCAAGCCACAGAUAUGAAGCAUGUUGCCGACCGCAGAAAGUGUCCGGAUCUCUACCUAGAGGCAGCGUUCAAGUUUAUGCUUGCAGCAGCGGUCGUGGAACCUGGCCCAUGUGAAUCUUCUACGCGACAGGGGGAUCCGACGACUUCUGCAUCCGUGUACAUAGAUACCACAAGGCUGUUAGAAUUUGUAGCGCAGACAUAUGAAAGGUUAGGCAAUGUGAUGGCUGCUGCCUUGGCGCAUAAGUGUACCGCGGUGGCCUGGACACGGGUCGUGAAUCAAAGGCACCCUAUUAUGCGAAGGGACUGUUCGGAGUUGCUGUCGUACGUCCAGGCGGCCACAACACCCUUACUCAGUAGUAGCAAUGCUUCGUCUGAAUCUCCUCUCUCGUCAUCGUCGGCCUUGGACACUGAGGUUCCCGGUAGCAAUGGCAAUCCAGAUAAGAUGCCUUGUACAGGCUCUGGACCUCCUGUAAAUCCCAGGAUAGGGGUGGUCUCUCCUUCUUUAGCUGCUGGAAGUGGUGGAGCGAUGGUGCUGUCAGCCAAGCUUCGACAACCGUAUCAAAAGCUGCUGAAAGAUGUUGGUGAUGUGUGUAACAUGAUGGAAGCGUGGCAAAGGGCAUCGAUAGCUAUGGCUGCUGUAGCGAACCUGAAAGUGAAAAAUGAGGCAGGAAUAAGAGCGCUGGCAUCGGUUGGAGAAGAUGCGGGGUUGGGUGACAUGGAGGGAAUAGUCCUGCAAGCGAGAAUUGCCCUUGACGCAAUCCAACGGCAUCGGGAUACGACCGACUGACCGACCACCGUACCCAUAUGUUAGAUGAGUCUUUUCGGAUCUUCCCAUGUGAAGAUGCCGGCUGUACAUUGUCAACAUGUGUUCUAGUUGUUUAUUCUCAUUCCCCUCCUCCUCCUCGGCUGUGAGGGGCACGGCAAUUAUAAUCAAGUGUCAUUACUCGCCUGUGAUUAUGGCUGGCAUGUGUAAAGCCUGUCGGGAUGUGGACGGUGAAGCAGGAAUCGAGACAUCGUGCUCAUCGGUGUAGUGUGCACGCACUUUCGAAGAUCAAGCUGUGGAUGUUGAACCAGGAUUCGUCGCAUCGUGAGCAUGCAUGUUUGAAGGAAAAGGGGAAGGUGCAAGGGGGGGAGGGAGGAGGGAGGGGAAAGGUGAGGGAAAGGGUGGGUGGUUCUGUUGGUCCUGCCACUACAUUGGGUGGUGAGGUCGAUCCAUAGGAUGCAAAUGAAAGUCCCUGCUGGACUGUUUCAGAUGCCUCGUAUGGAAUGUUCUAUUUGUCGGCUCAAUUAUUUCGGUCACACUCAAUUCUUUUGUUCAAUCCUCGGGUGGAUCAGGAUCUUAUGCUGCUGCUCUCUCAUCAGCAGAAUGUCCUACACUGCACACAAUUUUUGACCUGUGAUUCUUCAUCCCCUUUGUUUUGUUCCUGACGCCUCGCUGCCAACUCGGAGUUCGUUGGAGAGUAGGUCUGGGUUGGUUGGUUUUCUGCAUCCCCACUGAUUCCCCAGCCAGGGAGCUGCAUGCUCGCUUCCUUGCUUCUUUCCUUGCUGACAUCGAGCAAGAUCUCCACCUUCGUUUCUCUCUCCGCUCCCCAUCCUGCAACGUCUCCGCCUGUGGUUGGUUUUCUUCAUCCUCUUGUUUGUCUAGGCAAACCCAGUGGGGCCUUCUCCUCUGCCUCCUCGACACCUCCAGGACAUGUGUCACUGCCCCUCUGUUGAACGUGGACGCAGCUUCUUCGUCAGCAAGUGAUGCAAACAUACCCUUGUUUGUGUUUACGUGCACACAAUUUUCGUCGGUGCGACGAUGCCAUGAGUCAUUGUGGGUCCAUAUCGGACACUGGCGUGGGCUUUGGGGCGCCUCUCUUUGUCAUGGUAUUUGACAAGGGCCACUCUGGAUUAGCGCACGGACUGCCACUCUCUCUCUCUGUCUGGUCUUUUGCGAACUUAUGGCCCAGUAUCUGUUUCCACUUUCAAGUGGUAAGCUCCGAACAUCUGUUUCCACUUUCCGGCUGCUGCGCUUAUUCGAGGUGCGGGUGUUGAGUGGUGUGUUGGUGGUUGUCUUGGGGUUCAAGUUGCAGGUGGCAUCAAGAGUGAUAGGAUUGAGUAGAGGUGGAGUCUAGCUAGAUUAGCAUCCUUCCUGCCGGACCGUACUGACAUCUUCGUGCCACGUUGUGCCCACGGAGCCGCCGUCCCUUCGGUCAUCCAUACUGGCGGCUUUGUCCCCUCCCGGAAUCUUAAUAUGGCGGCAGUGGCCAUAUCAAGACUGUAUGUUAGGAGCGUAUAGUGCGAACGACCUGACCAUGUUGACAUCUGCUUGACUUGCUGUGCCCACGAACCCACAGUUUCUCCGGUCGUCUGCAUCAGCUUUGGCCCCUCGCUGGACUCUUAAUAUGGCAGUGGUCAUAUCAAGAUUCGAUGUUAGCAGCGUAUAGUGCAAACGACCUUGUCGAUGGUGGUUGAGAUGAAUAUGACCCAGCUGUUGUGGAUCGUCCGUCUCCCAUCUUUCAGGUCGCAGACAACACUAUGUCGUCGAUGACGGUAGCAAGCAGGUGAUUCGCGUUUUGCCAGUGUUCAGAAGUCGGUGAACCGUUCAUUGAUUCAACGUAACGGUCCUUGUCAUGUGGGACUGAUAGUGAGGAUUGAAACUUGCUGCUGUUGAUAGGGCGUUUGGACUCCGGAGUCUGUUUCCCUGUUUUAUGCUUUUUGCGGUUGGUACUUAUGAGUAUUUCCAGUCCAGAUAGAUCUGCCUGCUUCCCUUUUUUUUACCAUUUCAUUUAGACCAUUUCUUUGCCUGCUUUACUUUCUCUCCAACAGCUUUGAUGAUGGUGCGCACAAUGGCCGCAUGUGUAGUUGAUUAGUUCUGUGGAUCGGCAACAGAGUUGGUCUCUCUAAAUUGUUUGUUGACGACGACAUGACAAGUUAGGGGUUUUGUGGCGUAAUAUGGAUUUUGAAGAAGAGGUAUCCAUGUUCAUCAACUACUCUAAUCCCAUCAUUAAACUGGAGGAGGUAGCACGAAACUGCAACACAAAUGGGGGCCAGUCAAUGUUAUUGGCGAUGCUAUAGAGGUAAGAGCUGGGAAAACUCCGCAGCUGUGAAAAGGCUGGUCGAGUUCCCUGUACAGUAUAUAAGCAGAGGUGCUAUGUGUGUGUGCCGAGGGAGAGAAGGUAGACAAAUGUGUCCGUAUGAAAAGAGAGAGAGAGAGAGAGAGAGAGAGAGAGAGAGAGAGAGAGAGAGGUUUUGGCUAUGAUGUGUUGGCUGAUGAACAGGACAGUGUUGUCUGCUUAACUAGCGUAUGGAUUGGGAAGGCUAUACACCGGAGUGUUGGGAGGGGGGGGGGGGGGGGGGGGGGGAGAAGGGAGAGCUAGAGAGGAUUUCUAUGCCUGCUGCUGACAUGGUGGAGACUUAGGGUUGUUGGAUUGAGGAGGAUGUGUGUGCGGACGGGAACCUCAUUGGGGCAAGUGUGGAGAUUGGUGCGUGGUGGGUUUUGGUGGUCACUGCCUCGCGGGGAAGGCAAGGAUCCUGAGUGCAGUACGGGGGGUGGGGUAUUAUUAGGUUGAGAAAUUGUUUGGUUCGGCCGUGAUGUUUCGGGGGGACAGGGAGAUCUGUUGAUGCUACACAUUUAUUGUGAGAUUUUCCCCUUGGUGAAGUUAUCAGUCGUUCAUCACUUUGUCCACGUCCAUGUCCUUCUGCUUCUCUCUCCAUAGCCUUCUCCCCUUUUUCACCCUCUCUUCUCCCUCCUCCCUCUCUCUCCUUCCAUUCCUUUCAGCUUGGGCUUUGCCCGAGUUGGCUGCCUGUCCUGUUGUACAUGGACGCGGAAAGAGACGUAUGUCCACUUUGUGGCCACCGUUGCUUACAUUUAUGUGCCACCGUGCUCUGAGAGGGUUUUGGGAUGGCGAUAGUCUCACGGCACUGUUCGACAUAUAUUGUUCUUCUGCGUAUUAUCUGCCUAUGGUUUACCGGGCAGCUCUGUUUGACUAUAUAUAUUGUUCGUCUUAAUAGGAACUCCACAGCUGCUGCGACAUAGGUACCAUAAUGACCUUUGUUGGGUGCUAUGAACUCCACAGCUGCUGCGACAUAGGUACCAUAAUAACCUUUGUUGGGUGCUAUGACCAGAACAAACAUCUGCCUAACCU